AUGACCUGUGUUGCUUUCCUGAUCAUCGAUCGUAUUAGCCGGCGUUAUGUCAUUCUCUUCACUAUCUCUGUAAUGAUUUUAGGUCUACUAAUCUGCAGUCUAUUAUUUUUAAUCAUGUCAAUUCCGACCUUUUGUACUAUUUCUGAGUCCAUGUCAUCAACGUAUAUCGCUCUACCUCAAGUGGUUCCUUUACUCGUCGUUUUUAGCAUCAUUCUAUUUGUCGGUAUCUAUGUCCUAGGCUUGGGAACAGUGUCCUGGUUCCAAAACGAGCUCUUUCCCAUCCCCUACCAGCACUUUCAUUACUUAUGCAGCAUUCUGUGUCAUUGGCUGGCUAGCUAUAUGGCGCUUCUAUCCUGA